AGACAACAAAAAAUGUUUUAUUAAAGCAGGGCUUGAGCAUUUGGUGACAUACUUUUCCUUUUAUACAGCCUGUUAUCAUAUUUCAUGUGACAGCAUGACUGAUACUACAACUCAGAUAAACCACACAUAAAUGUGCAAAAGACAUAAAUGUGCAUUGAUGAGCCAUGGUUAUGUCUUACGCUCAACUGUCUCUGCAGAUUCGUAGAUUGUCUGAUAAAAGAUGUGAACAUUGGAAUGUCAGGCAAAGGUUUCUCAUGUCACAUCAGGUGAGAGGAACCUCAGAUAAGAGAGCAAAUAACACCAACAGAACAAAGAGUGAUCGCUGAAAUGAAUAAAUCACCUUGUUGCAAUACGGCCCGGCAGAUUUAUUGGGAUUUAUUCAGUGUUAUUAGACAUAAGGAAAUGUCUAAUGUUUGGGGGCAAUUGGGGAAAAUGAGACAUUUUUUCUUUUGUUUUACAUUUUUAUCCUCUUUCCCUAACAUAAAUAUAAAAUUUGGCGUGAUUCCUUAUGUAACGACUUGCAGAAUUACAUCAUCAUCACAGUUAUACCAGUCAGACCCCCCCCCCAGACAGUUUCAUUACAAGUGUUAGCUUCUAUUUACUGAGACAAAUUCCCCUGGACAUCAUUCCAAACAUUGUGAGAUAAUUGAUACAAACACUGUUUAAACUAGUGUUGGUGUAAUAUUAACUUCAAAUGUCAAAGGUCUUCUUUAUCAAUGAUGGCACAGCCGGUCAAAGGUACAACAAGAAACAAACUAUCUGUCAUUUUUUAGCAAAGCAGCUGCAGGAUUAAGUUGAUGCUUUGUAGAUCAGCUUUAUUCCAAGUCAAUGUUGGAGUUGUGGACAAAAAAUAAGUAAAUAAAGAGUACAUGCAUAUGCUUCUGUAAUUCUGUUGAGCUUGAGGGAUAGGAACCAAAAAAACCAACAAAAACACAAAAGCUUGCUGCAACACUAUGUGUCAAACUCUACAUGUGAAAUUCCUGCAGCUCUGCACUGAAUACUGGUUGUGUGGUUAAGAUAAUGCCUCCGCCCUGUGCAAACAAGUACAAGUUCAACAAGAAGUUAAUUCAUUAUUUAAAAGAAGGAAAAAGAAAAAAAAAUCUGCAUGGAUUUUGACCUUAAUAUACAUAGGCUUCAAAACGGCCACAUCAUCAUUCAGAUAGAGGAAGAGAUAAGAGGGCGUGUGGUUUAAAAGGAGCAGCAACCUUUGAGAAGGACGCUCCUUCCUUCAGAGUGGUCGCCCCAUAACAAUCACCAUGACUUUCAACGGCAACUGGAAGAUUGAUCGCAACGAUAACUAUGAGAAAUUCAUGGAGAAAAUGGGAAUUAAUAUGGUGAAGAGGAAGCUGGCGGCUCACGACAACCUGAAGAUAACCAUCGAACAGACUGGAGACAAGUUUCUAGUCAAGGAGAGCAGCAAUUUCCGCACGGUGGACAUAGAUUUCACCCUGGGGGUCACCUUUGAAUACAGCCUUGCGGACGGAACUGAACUAACGGGCGCGUGGACUAUGGAGGGCGACGUGCUAAAAGGGGUGUUCACCAGAAAGGACAACGGAAAGCAACUGAUUACAACCAGAGUUCUCGAGGGAGAUGAACUUGUUCAGAGCUACAACUACGAAGGUGUGGACGCAAAGAGGAUUUUCAAAAGGGGCUAGAUCCAAAAAGCUCGACUGAACUGACACAAGAGGUAUUGAUCUCAGGAUUACACUGCUGUACUGAAUGAUCAAUGACAUGUAAUCCAUUUUUAUACUUGCACUAUUAAAGCCAUGACUGCCUAUUUCCU